CAAAACCCUCGCUUCCAUCCGCCCCCUCUGCCGCCUCCCAAAACCCCCGCUAAUCCCCUACCCCUACCGUUUCGCCCAUAACCAUCGACUUAUGAACGAAGCUUCACGAUACAAUCGCCAUCAUAUAUAGCUGGGAAGGCGAGGACGGGAUCGCGGUUCGCAGAGACCGCCGAAACUCCCAUCUUACUCAUCCUCCCGUUCCCCUACCAGAAACCAUUGAGGAAGAUUUUAGGUUAAAUUUUGCAACCAAACAGCUCCUACAAAGAGUCAGUGCAGAAUCCUCUGAGAAACAUGCCUGCUCGUGCUGCCCUGGCUUCUUCGGUUCCACGUUCGCGGUUGCUUCGUCCAAAGAAGCUCAUCCGACGACGAGGUCUCUCUGCCGACAGCGAUCAUCAUGGACACCGUAAAGUCAACCUUUUGGAUGAAUCUCUUAGCCCACCUAAAUGGAAGGAAGAGCAUAAUAUUUCUUCUGGAAUGAAGCUUUGGGGUGUGAUUACUGAAGUUAAUUUGAAAGAUCUUGUAAUCAGUCUUCCAGGUGAGCUAAGAGGCUUUGUUCAUGCUGAAGAUGCUUCUGACAUGCUUGCGGACAAUGAGGAUAAGGUGCCAUCUAUACUCCCUAAAACAUUCAAUGUCGGGAAACUCGUUGCUUGUAGGGUUAUGGAAGUUGGCGAUGAUAAGGUGGAAGAAAAAGGAAGAAAAAGGAUCAGGUUAUCAUUACGUUUGAGUGUGCUGUAUAAGGGCCUCACAUUAGAUGCUGUUCAUGAUGGAAUGGUUUUGGUAGCACAGGUUACGAGCGUUGAGGACCAUGGCUUUACUCUUCACUUCGGUGUACCCUCCUUUAGUGGCUUUCUUCCAAGGAUGGAUGAUGGUGGUAUUCCGAUUUGUAGAGGACAGCUGUUACAAUGUGUAGUGAAAAGUAUAGAUAAAGCCCGAGCUAUUGUUUAUACAAGCUCUAGUACUGAUUUGGUGUCCAAAUAUGCUGGGCUUUCAAUUGACCUUUUAGUGCCUGGCAUGUUGGUUAAUGCUCGUGUCGUCUCAAUGCUCAAAAAUAGGAUUAAGUUAUCAUUCCUUACUCACUUUACUGGAACAGUAGAUGUUUUCCAUUUACAGAAUUCUCAUCCUACUGAUAAUUGGAGAGAUGACUAUCCUCAAAACAAGAAAGUACUUGCUCGAAUAUUGUCUGUUGAUCCUUCAACAAAAACAAUUGGACUAACCUUGAAUCUUCACCUUGUUCAACAUAGACCACCUCCAAUGCAUGUCAAAACUGGAGAAAUUUAUGAGAAGUGCACUAUUUUGAGGAUUGAUGAAAAUGUUGGUCUUCUUCUAAGUAUUCCUUCUUCUCCGGAACAUACUCCUGCAUAUGUACAUAGAUUUGAUGUGUCUGAUGAAGAGGUUGGUAAGCUACAGAAGAAGUUUAAGGAAGGGGAUUAUGCUUGUCUUCGUGUUCUUAGAAUAAGGCAUUUAGAAGGUCUCGCAAUCGGAACCCUAAAGGCUAGUGCUUUAGAAAGACCCAUUUUCACACAUUCAGAUGUCAAGCCUGGGAUGUUGCUUAGAGCCCAAGUUAUUGUUGUGGAGCCAUUUGGUGCAAUUGUCCAGCUUGCAUGUGGUGUGAAGGCACUCUGUCCUUGUAGACAUAUGUCAGAACUUGAACGUGUAAAACCAUCGAAGAAGUUCAAGGUUGGUGCUGAGUUUCUUUUUCGUGUGCUGGGAUGCAAAUCAAAGCGCAUAACUGUGACCCACAAGAAGACUCUGGUUAAAUCAAAGCUUGCUAUUUUGGCUUCCCACGCUGAUGCUACUGAGGGCUUAGUUACACAUGGAUGGAUCACCAAAAUUGAAAACCAUGGUUGUUAUCUCAAAUUUUAUAAUGGUAUUUUGGGCUUUGCCCCAAGAUCAGAGUUGGGCUUGGACCCAGGAAGUGAACCGAAUGCUGUUUAUCAUGUUGAGCAGGUUGUUAAAUGCCGGAUUAUUAGCCCUGUUUCUGCUUCACGAAUUAUUCAUGUCAGUUUUGUGGUUUCUCCUAAAAGGAUUAGUGACGCUGAUAUGGUGCGGUUGGGUAGCAUUGUUGGCGGCGUUGUUGAUAAAUUAACUCCUACUGUGGUUAUUAUAGGUGUUAAAAGUUAUAAGCACUUCAAAGGUUUAAUUACUUACGAACAUUUGGCAGACCAUCAAGGGCAAGUUGCAUCGUUGAGAUCCUUGUUGAGGCCUGGAUUUGCAUUUGAUCAGCUUGUGGUACUAGAUAUCGAUGGCAGCAAUUUAAUUCUUUCUGCAAAAUACUCUUUAGUACAUUUUGUGGAGGACAUUCCUUCAGAUAUCACUCAUAUGCAUCCAUUGUCUGUUGUCCAUGGAUACAUCAAUAACAUAAUUGAAACAGGUUGCUUUGUUCGUUUUUUGGGACGGUUGACUGGAUUCUCGGCAAAGAUUAGAGCUACUGCUAAUGGGGUUGGCAGUCUUUUGGAUGCUUUCUACAUUGGGCAAUCAGUUCGCAGUCAUGUAGUCAGUGUGGAUAACGGAACUGGUAAGAUAAAACUUGCCAUGAAGCAGUCCUUAUGUUUCUCUACGGAUGCGUCUUUUAUCAAAAGUUAUUUUCUUGUGGAAGACAUGAUAUCAGAGUUGCAGUCUGUGGAUGGAAUAGUUUCUGAUUCCAACUGGGCCAAAGAUUUCAGCAUUGGUAGUGUACAUAUGGGAAAGGUGCAAGAGAUAAAGGAAUCCGGAGUUGUACUUGGCUUUGAAAAAUCUGGGGGCAUUGUAGGCUUUGUCUCUCAGCAUCAAUUGGGUGGAGUUAAUGUGGAAAAAGGAUCAGUUGUUAAAGCAUUUGUUUUGGAUAUUUCUAAGACGGAUAACCUUGUUGAUUUAUCUCUCAAACCAGAGUUGAUUGAUGGUGCAAAGAUGAACGGUUCUAGGAAGAAACGUCAUAGAACAUCUGUUUUGGAUUUGGAGCUACACCAAACUGUAAAUGCUACCGUUGAGAUUGUGAAAGAGAAUUACUUGGUUCUUUCACUUCCAGAGCAUGAUUAUGCAGUGGGAUAUGCAUCUGCUAUUGAUUAUAACACACAAAAAAUUCCUUAUAAGCACUUCUCUAACGGUCAAAGAAUGCUUGCAACUGUUGAAGCUCUUCCAAGUGCUGAUUCUAGUGGAAGAUUACUUUUACUCCUCAAAGCUCUCAGUGAGGUAUAUGAUUCUUCUGUCUCGAAGAGAGCCAAAAAAAUGUUCAACUAUAUUGUGGGAUCACUUGUUGAUGCUGAGAUCAUUGACAUAAAAUCUCUUGAGCUGCUUGUAAAAUUUGGUGCCGGAUUUCAUGGAAAAAUUCAUAUUACUGAGGUGAAUGAUGCUGAUCAUUUUUUGGAGAACCCCUUCUCUAAUUUUUGCCUUGGGCAGUUGGUUAAAGCGCGAAUUAUUGCAAAAGUUCCGCAGACAGGAAAGAAUAAAAACUCUUUCAAAUGGUUGUUAUCAAUCAAACCUUCAAUUCUAACGGGAAACAUGGAGGCAAGAAAAGCUUCUGUUAAAAUUGACGACAUUUCAGUUGGCAGCAUUGUUAAAGGUUAUGUGAUGAAGGUUGACAAGGAAUGGGUGCAAGUGUCAAUUACCCGGCAUUUAGUUGCUCAUCUUUUUAUUCUUGAUAGUUCAUCUGAGCCUCACGAGCUUCAAGAAUUUCAUAAAAGAUUUAGUGUUGGACAAGUUGUAACAGGGCGGGCUAUAAGUGUAAAUAAAGAGAAGAAGAGGGUGCGGUUGUCAUUGCACUCUUUAUUUGAGCGUAAGACACCACUGGUGUCUGAAGCCGAGAAGAAUGAUAAUGACGAUAGCUCAAGCUCUAAUAACACUGAAAUGGAACAUAUACUGACUGGUUAUGUGAUUGGUGGUAGAAUUAAAAAGAUAUUUCCAAAUGUUGGUGGAAUGUUUGUGCAAAUUGGGCCCCAUCUUUUUGGCAAGGUCCAUUAUACUGAAAUUGCAGAUUCUUGGAUAGCUGAUCCUUCUUCCGGAUAUGAAGAAGGACAGUUUGUGAAAUGCAGGGUCCUGGAGAUUAGCAGAUCUUCCACUGGCUUUGCGCACGUUGAUUUGUCUUUACGUGCGUCUUUGAUUGAUCCAUCUGAACUUUCAAAAGAAAAGGAUCCAUCAAGCAAAAGAUUUGAGAAGAUUGAAGACCUUUAUCCUAACAUGGAAGUACAUGGUUACGUGAAGCAUGUUACAUCUAGAGGAUGUUUUAUUAUGCUAUCACGAAAGUUAGAUGCGAGAAUCUUCUUAUCAAAUUUGUCCGACGGAUUUGUGGAAAAUCCUGAUAAGGAAUUUCCUGCUGGAAAAAUAGUACACGGAAGGGUGCUUACUGUGGAGUUUUCAUCUAAGAGAGUGGAUGUAACUUUGAAGAAAAAUGUUGAUAGUCAAUUACCAAAACCUGAUUCCUGUAGCUUUUCAAGUAUACAUGUUGGAGUUAUUAUUUCUGGCCAUAUUAGACGGGUAGAAACUUACGGUUUAUUUAUAGCAAUUGACGGAACAAAUCUGGUUGGUCUUUGCCAUAUUUCAGAACUUUCUGAUGAUCAUACCGUUCAUAUUGAAACCAAAUAUAGAGCUGGUGAACGGGUUGAGGCAAAGAUUUUAAAGAUUGAUGAAGAAAGGCAACGAAUCGCACUUGGAAUGAAGAAAUCUUAUGUUGAUGAAGCAAAAAAUGCUGAAGUUACGGUCCUUAGUGCUGCAAUGGACUGCACACUGCCGGCAUGGAAGCAGGACCUUUCAUGUAUUAAAGACAUAACUGACCAUCAGAAUGAUGGUGCAACAGACAUUUUUUUGCAAGCAGAGUCAAGGGCUUCAGUGCUACCGUUACAAGUUUCUCUUGAUGAGUCUGAGAAUACUCAUGUGGAGAGUGUCCUUAUUGCAAACCAAGACAAUGUCAAUGAAGCGACGGAGAUUGAGAAGAGGAAAAAUAGGCACUUGAAAAAAAAGGAAAAACAGAACAGAGAACUUGAGAUACGUCUAUCUGAGGAGAGACGUUUGCAAAAUGACAUGCCAGAAACAGUUGAUGACUAUGAAAAGUUGGUGAGAAGUUCCCCAAAUAGUAGUUUUUAUUGGAUAAAAUACAUGGAGUUCAUGUUAGCUCAAGCAGAUGUUCAGAAGGCACGCUCCGUUGCUGAAAGGGCUUUAAAAACUAUUAUUUUCCAAGAAGAAGUAGAGAGGCUUAAUAUCUGGGUGGCUUAUUUUAAUCUUGAAAAUGCAUAUGGGAAUUCACCUGAGGAGAAUGUUGAAAGAGUCUUUAAAAAGGCUUUGCAAACAUGUGAUCCAAAGAAGUUGCAUCUAGCCCUUCUUGGGUUGUAUGAACGAACAGAACAACAUAAUCUGGCAGAUGUUUUACUGGAUAAAAUGACAAAAAAGUUCAAAAAAUCUUGCAAAGUCUGGCUGUGUCGUGUGCAACAAUUUGUAAAACUCAGAAAAGAUGGUCUUCAGUUUGUUAUUAAUCGUGCUCUUUUGAGCCUUCCAAUGAAAAAACAUAUAAAAUUCAUCUCACAUGCUGCUAUUCUAGAAUUCAAAUAUGGAGAGCCUGAAAUGGGAAGGUCCAUGUUCGAAGGCAUAUUGCGUGAACACCCGAAGAGAACUGAUAUAUGGAGUAUUUACUUGGAUCAAGAAAUUCGCGUGGGAGACAAUGAAGUGAUACGAGCGUUAUUUGAAAGAGCUACAUGUUUGAGUCUCCCAGCAAAGAAAAUGAAGUUUUUGUUCAAAAAGUAUCAUUCUUAUGAGGAAUCCCAAGGAGACCAAGAUAGGGUUGAGCAGGUCAAGAAGAAAGCACUUCAGUUUUUAGAGAGCUCUUAUUGAAAGUUAAGAACAUGCACAGUGGCUUAAUUUUGUAGCUCUUAAUGUUGACCGGUGAUUCUAUAAUAUACUAUGUAAGUUCAUUUAUUCUUGUAUAUGUAUAUUUGUUUAAUAAUAUUUUAUUGAAAUUAAAAAUAGCAAUUGG